GGGAGUCCAUAGGGGGAAGCUCCCAGGCAAAAGAGCAAAGCACAAUAUUUUGGAGAAGAGAUUGGUCUUUUCUUAGCCCAGACCGCAAUCAAAUGAUAUCCUAGCUAGAUGGAGGAUUUGUCCAUCUGUGUAUUUCACUGUGUUUGUUGCUCUUGUCAACACAGUGUUGCGGGGUUUGAUGGAGCUCAUCAGCACAUGACUGAAUCCUCUAGGAGAGACGUCGUACUCUGGAUUGUGCAAAACCUCAAAGUCUUAAAAGGCUACUCAGUGGAGUCCAUCACUGAAUGGAUACAGACCACCUGGAGGUCAUUUUUCUUUGAUGCAACCCUAGAAGAAGUGAAAUCUACCAAUGAAAAUUUUGACCCUGCUGACCUUUUGGGUUCCCUGAGAGUUGACCAGCUGAUGGAGUAUGUUGUGACUUCAGAUGCAUUAUUUAAUGUGACCACAAUGAUUCGGGUCCUGAGAAGUCUGGAGGGCAAAGACUCUGAAAUAGCAUUGCCUAAGAUGGAUGAAUUCCUGACGAAGUUCAAUUUGGCUAUUACACAGCAGAACAUCGGGGGCGUGCAAAACACUGAAGUGAGGCAAGAAAUGCUCACAACACUUUUUACCGACCUGUCUAAAAAUUUUUACAAGUUCACUGACCUGGAUUAUGAGGCCUGGUUCAUGGAGAAGUUAAAAUUCCUCCUGCCUAGUAUGAACGUAGACCUGCUCAAGUUAAUACCUGUAGAUGUCAGCUUCCGAUCCUACACUGCCAUCAUCCGAAGCCUGGACAACGUCUUCUCAGUGUUUUCACAACAGACUUCACACGACAUAUACAAUUUAAUCCAAAAAAUCCUGGAACAUCAACUUAAUGCUUCAGAGAAGGUAUUUCCGGGAUCGUACAGCAGCAGCCAAAGUUUCCUGCAGCUCAUCUUCUAUCAGUUCAGACAUUUUGCUAACUACACCCAACUCCUCACCUUUUACAAGGACUUUAAUGGAUAUGAUGUUCUUGACCUGCUUUCUGCCGGACAAAUGGGGGAGAUGAUGGUGGUGACGAAUGCCGUUAAAAACGAACGCUCUGCUGUCCAGAUCCUGGUGGAACUGGAAACACGCACCUUUGCUGAAAUGACCGAAUUCAUAAUGGAAUUUAAUUCUGUGGCAGAACAGAAGCAUCUCGUUGUCCUACCCAAUCCCUGGAUUCGUGACUUAGCCUUCGAGACUAUAUUCAAGUCGUUCCAAUUCAGCACCUUCACGGCGGACCAGUACGCCUUUUGGUUUGGCUCUCAGCUCCAGCUAUUCCUGCCGGCUAUGAAUGCCCAGUACCUACAGCUCCUCCCCUUGGAUAUCGACUGUCAGUCUCAUCAAAAUCUGGUGCAAGCACUGGACAAGGUGUAUAAUCAUUACACAGAAGAGCAGCAAAAAGCCAUCCAUGGCAGGAUAUUCAGAUUUCUAGAGUCUUACCGUAAUAUCCAAGGUGGCACGUGUUCCCCAGAUGCAAACAGCAGCCUAUGGAUAAUCAACAACUAUGGACGUUUCAGCGCCUAUGCCAAUAUGGUGGAGUUUUCCUCACUCAAUCCCAAAUUUGAUGAGCUGUCGGCUGUGUCAGAGUUGUCACCAGAACAGCUGGCCCAGUUAACAACGGCAACAGGAGCCCUGGCUGAUCAGACUAUUGUCAUCAAGAUCAUGAACAAUCUGAACACGUCAUCAGAUCUCGCUAAAUUCUUUGACACACUGAAUGCCAUUGCUUCGGCAGAGCUUCAGAGCAGCAUGCAUGCACAUCUCAUUUUAAGCACCGCCUUCCAAAAAAUUGCAGCUGGCUUUCCAAACUUCAAAAGCAGCGACUUUGCCUACUGGUUCCAAGCUGCUUUGCAAAAUGUGCUGCAUACAGUGAACGAGACCAUCAUUGCAGAGAUCCCACUCUCUAUAUCAUGUGACUCUUACCAGCAAAUGUUGAAGGGUUUCAAUAACAUCUACACCAACAUACCUGCAGGAAACGCCCCAAGUGUGUUUGGAUUCUGCAGAGCUUUCCUGGCCUCAAAAGUCAAAUCCGGUAUUGCAUGUGGGAAUCCGACCCAAAGUAUUCAGAACUGGCUAGACGUAAAUCUUGGAAACUUUAGCCAAUAUGCCAAGUAUCAGGAUUUACUCACUUGGAACCAACAUUUUAAUGGCAUGGCAGUGUUGGACAAGCUGGCCUCACCACAACUUGCAUCCUUUACUCUUGAAUCAGAUGCCAUUAAUGAAGAGGCGGUGAUGUGCCAGGUCCUCGCAAGAUUACAGAACAAACCGGCUGAAGAGAUCUACCAGUAUUUAGACCAAUUCAACAAAGAGGCCCGACGGCUGAUGAUACCCACCAUUAAAAACGAAGCAGUGAGGAAAAAUAUGCUCACCCAGUUUGUGAAUGAGAUCAAGUCAGGCUAUUCAGCUUUCAGCCCUGAAGACUGGACUCAUUUAUUCACAAGACUAGAGCUACUGCUGCCAAGUGCUGGCGAGAUGGAGAUUAAGCUAUUCCUGACUCACAUUCCUGGCUGUGACAGUUUCAGAGCUAUGGUAUCCUCACUAAGUCAGGUGUAUCCUUCUAUGUCAUCAGUGAAUCAACAGGGUGUCUACAGUGCUUUAUUUACCUUCCUUGAAAAUCAGCACAACACAACAGGUUCUGCCUGUGCUUUGGGCAACGAGGUAAGCCUGGAUUGGCUACGGAACAACUUUGGGGCAUUCGCAGCCAAUGCUCGCUAUGAAGAUUUCACCAAACUUAUGGCAAAUUUCAAUGGGUUCGACGUAAGUGAUAAUCUCACUUCAACUCAACUGGCUCAUGUCUUCUUUGGCGCUGAUGUCCUGGACGAUAUUGGCAUGGCUGAGACCCUCCUGAUGUCCCUGCAGAACAGGCCAGUUGACGAUGUUGUUGCCUUUGUGACUGAGUUUGUGGCCAUUGCUCCUCAGCAGGGUAUCAUGUCCCUGGCAAACACACAAGUGCGAGAUGCAAUGUUCAACGCCAUCUUCUCCAAAGUCCGAGGCCAGUUCACCACUUUCAGCAUCUUUCAGUAUAAGGACUGGUUCCAGAACAAGCUCAGGUUAUGGCUUGCCAGCAUAAAUGCCUCUGCCCUGGCGACCAUCCCAAAGAAGAUACCUUGCGGAGUUUACCAAAUCAUAAUGGCUGGCCUAGACAGCAGCUUCCAAGACAUGUCACCAGCGAGCCAACAAGAUGUUUACAACUUUGCAAAAGACUACCUUACCGCCAAGGCCUCUCAAGGGGGUGCUCCGUGCACUGAGAAUACUCGGGGAAGCUUGGGCUGGCUACACGCGAACUUGGGCUCCUUCAGCACUUUGGCCAGUUAUGGAGAUCUGAUUGGCAUCAACGCAGACUUCAGUGCUGUCGAUGCAGUAGCGGGUCUCAGCCCAGUGCAACUAGCUUCUUACGUGCUGGCAAGUGACGUUCUGCGGGACAGCGACAAAGCAGGCAAAGUCUUCGGCUCUCUGAACUCCCACACGGUUGGGGAGUUCCUGGAUGCAUUCAGUGCCGCUGCCCAGCAGCAUCAUCUCCCUCAGCUGCCUCAUGCCGAUGUGAGAAGAUUCAUCCUGGGCGAGAUCUUUUGCCAUUUAAGCACUGUGUUUAAGCUCUUCACCACUGAGGACUAUGCCAUCUGGUUCGGGGAAAGACUCACCCUCUUCCUGAGCAGCCUUGAUGCACAGAAUCUGGGCUUUUUACCUAAUGACAUGUCGUGCGACUCCCUUGCAGCCAUCGUGAAGACCCUGAGUGACCAUAAAGCGAAUGGGACGUAUGAGAACCCACAGGACAUCUUCUCAUUUAUAAAGAGAGUUCUUCACUUCCAGCUGGAAAACUCAGGCUCGGCCUGUGCUCAGGGAAUCACCACAGACAGGCAAUGGCUGCUACAGUAUUUUGGGCUCUUCACUGUUUAUGGCUCGUAUUCUGACUUCAUCACGUUAAAGAGCAGAUUCCAUGGGCACGACUCCCUAGACCUUUUCUCAGCAAGUGCACUGGCCCAACUGUCUGCUCAAAGCAACACCAUCUACAGCACCGCGGCCAUCCAGUUGGUCUUCGAGGCAAUCAGAAGCAAGGAGGAGCCGCUCCAACACCUCAGCACUUACCUGGAUGAUCUCAACGCCCUACUGCUGAAGAACUCCGGUUUGCUAGGGAAUUCCAAGGUGCGAGACACCAUGCUAAUGAUGUCAGCUGAAAUGGUCUUCCCACAAAUCACGGCCAUGUCCCUAGAAGACACAACCACGUGGCUCCAAAGACUGAACUUGCUGCUCCCUGGUGUAAAUGCAACAACACUGGAACUGCUGCCUCUGACUAUGCCAUGCCCAUUUUACCAAGCCAUCAUUAAAGCCGUUGGUGGAGUCUACUCAGCAUUAUCAGCCAGGAAGAGGCAAGAUGUCUAUGGAUUUCAGAAGGCCUACCUGACUGCACAGUUCACAGACUCAGGCUCAGCAUGCGAGGAUGGAACCCACGGGACCAGAGACUGGCUGCAAAAGAAUAUGGGAGAGUUCUGUUCUGUGGCUCAAUUAAGCGAACUUCAAACCUUUUAUCCAGACAUUGAUGGACUUAAAGGGCUCGAUUUACUGACCCCGGAACAGAUGGCGCAAUUAACUGUGAAUCUGACGCUGAACAGCCUGGCGGACACGCUGCUAAUCCUGGCCGUUCUGGACCAGAGUUCGUAUUACACCGUCUAUAGAUACAUGAGGGAGUUUAAUGUGUACGCGCACCAGGCAAACCUGACUGCCUUGCCCAAUGCUUCGGUUAGAGAUUCAAUACUAAGGACUGUAUUUACAAAGCUGAGAUCCAGGUUCCACCUUUUCCUGACAGAAAUCUGGGCAGACUGGUUCCAAAAGCAACUGCCCUUAUUCCUCCCUGGUAUAAAUGAAACCUAUCUUGCAUGGCUGGGAACUAACUUCUCCUGUGACUCCUACCAGGCAGUAGUGAAAGGGUUUAACAUCGCCUAUGAAUCUCUCUCGCCUUCCAGCAGGACUGAUAUAUACAAUGAUUACAUGAAAACCUACCUGAGUCAACAAUCACUUUCAACAGGAGUCGCUUGUGACAACCAAGCAGGGCUCAUAAAGUGGGCUGACGUUAAUCUUGGGAAAUUCAUUCAGCAAUCAUCAGUGCAAGACCUUGUCAGUUUCAAUGCAGAAUUUAAGAAGGCCAAUCUGACAGAGUCUCAAAUUACCACAGUGAACAUUAUGAUGCUGACAGCUGUUUGGAACAAACUCAGUUCCAACUUCUCAACCUUUACGCCUCUGGAUUGGAGACACUUGUUCCAAGAAGACUUGCAUGGACUACUUCCCAGCAUGAAUUCAACCUAUCUUCAUCUCCUCCCGGCCAACAUCAGCUGCUCCUCUUACCAGGAAAUAGUGAAGGGAUUUAACCUGGCCUAUGAAGCUUUAUCACCUUUGAGUAGAACUGACAUUUCCAAUAACUACAUGAAGAUUUACCUGACUCAGCAAUCUCUUGCAAAAGGCUCUGCAUGUGCUUUGAACACCACUGGAGCCAGCGACUGGCUUGAGAAGAAUUUCGGCCAACUCUCCUCCAGCGUGCCCAUCAGAGACCUCCAAGCACUAUAUCCAAAUGUCACCAUUAUUGACAUCAUUGGUAAUACAAAUCUAAACAAUAUGGCUGAGCUUUUGGCCAAACCAGAGGUCAUCGCUAACAACACCAUGCUCGAGAAGAUCGUCCUGUUAAUUCCACCCAAGAACAUUUCCCAGUUCCUGAACGCUGCCAUGUCUGCUGCUAACAAGGCCAAUCUGACAGAUCCCCAAAUUACCGCACUGAAUGUGACGAUACUAACAGCUGUUUGGAACAAAUUGAGUUCCAGCUUCUCUGACUUCAUGCCCCUGGACUGGAGACAUUUGUUUCAAGAUUUACGCAUGCUACUUCCCAGCAUAAAUUCAACUCAUCUUCAGCUCAUCCCAGCCAACAUCAGCUGCUCCUCCUACCAGGAAAUAGCCACUGCUCUUAGCAAUGCAUAUACUGAGCUUACUGAAUCGGCACAGGACUCCAUAUACAAGUAUCUACUGGCUGUCCACAGAGAUUCCACCCUCAAAUGUUACACGGGUCCCAGUCUUAAAGCUUUUCUGGAUACCUACUUUGUCAAAUUCUCCACCAAGCUGACGGCUGAAGAUUUAGUAGCCCUAAUUCCUCCCAGCCAACUGUCACAGAAAAUUGACUCGCUGCAGCCCAGAGAGCUUCUAGACAUACUGAUAAAGCCAGGCUACCCCAGCAACUACACAGCUUUGGAAACCCUCCUCAGAAACUAUGAGGGCAUCGAUAAGAUUGGGAUAGUGCUGGAUGGUCUUAAUCAGCAGGUAAAUAGGACCAAGGGGAGCCUGAAAGCUGUUCUGAAUGGCGUGUGGCCCAGCUUUGUGGCAGCUCUGAGCUCCCUUAACUCACCCAGUUUGGACCAAUGGUUAAACAAGCGGCUCCAGACCCAUCUCCCUCUCAUCACCCUGAGUCAGCUCAAUACGUCUGAGAUUCUUACCACAAAUUGCCUGGCAUUCCGGCAUCUAGUAAAGGCCUUAAAUAUCCACUACCGUGAUUACACAGUGGAGAUGCAGCAAAGCAUUUACAUCAUUCUUAAGAACUAUCUUCUUCAGCCAGGUGACAAGCCAAAGUGCUAUAACCAAAGCGAUGGGGACCAGAACUCCACGGCUUGGUUUCUAACCUACCUGGGAAAGUAUCUGACAUACUGCACUGGUGAGGAUCUCAGAGCCUUCAGUGACAGCCAGCAGUUGCUUCAAGACUUCGCGGUGGAUCCCCAAAACCUGGCGCUGGUGGGGGGACUCGCCCUCUCAGAAGAUGUGAAGGAAUCCUACUCCGCUCUGAUCACGAGGCAGAAUCCUGCCAUCCUGCUGGGAAGCAUUCCAGACAAUUUGAUCUGCUACGUGGCUGGCAAGCGGAAUAUCAGCCAAAUGACAGCGACUGAAGCCAGGGUGACCCUGGCAGCCUUGCAGAGCUGUUUGAGACCUUCCCAGGAGCCAGCAGGAGAGGUGACGGGUGCGCUGCCUGACACCACUGGCAACCUCUCUGUGGAGACCUUUAAAAGACUCGGUCCCUUAGCCGUCGGGUUAACGCCGUCUGUGCUCCUGGCUAACGCGGACAGGCAGACCCUUCAGCAGGUGCUCCCGUUGCUCUCAGCCACAGGGGGCUGGAGCCCAGCACAGGCUUCUGUCAUCAUGAAAAAAGUCAUCCAGAAUGGAUACCAGAUCAACAAAGCCAGCAGUGUUUUGACACUGGGAAAGCUAGCGCCUGGCCUUCCCGGCAAUGUGCUGGACAAGCUGGACAACAAGGACAUCCUCCGCCUGGCUGCAGAUCAGAAUUUCACGGAGAGCCUGGAGCAGGCCCCUCUGCCUGUGAAACACAAGUUUGUGCGACGGAUCUUACAGAGCGUGACCGGAAGCACCUUCCUCAAUAUCCCAGAUAAGCUGGUUGAUCAGAUCCCUCUAUCUAGACUGGCUUCUCCCCAGAUCAAUAUCAAUGAAAUCAACCAGAAGAAAUGGACAGCCGCUCAGGCCAGCGUGUUCUUCCAGGCAGUGCUGAAAUCCACGCAGCAAUACUCCAGGUUAUCUUCCACUGUCCUUCAAGGAUUCAGCUGUGGAGCGGCAAACUUUUUAAACAACAGUCAGUUUGCUAGCCUGGCAAAAGCCAUGAGGGACAAACGACUACGACUGGAAGAUAGCCAGCUCAGCUGCAUGACAAAAAGACUGACAGGACAGAUAACGCCAUCAGAUUUUGAAGAAUAUCCAGCUGAGGUUCUUUUUUAUAUGGGACCAGAGAAAUUUUCAAACACAGUGAACUGCCAGAAAUAUUUUUAUCUUGUUGGACAAGCCAACAUUGACCUUUUGCCAAGAGUGUCUUCCAAAAGACAGUCGCUGCUGGAGAGUGCUAAGGCUUGCCUGGGAACGUCUACCUUAUCAUCAUUUUCAAAGGAAAACCUACAAAUUUUAGGCAAUCUUUCCUGUGCCCUCAAUGGCUCUGACAUUGCAAAAUCUGACCCGUACAUCCUAACAAUAUUGCAAAGCUGCAUGUCGUUCACUGAAGACCAACUGACAGCCAUAGAGCAGCAGCUAAAGAACAAAUAUGGAUCACCUUCAACAUGGACAGUCAGCACCCUGACAGACAUGGGUAUUCUUGCCAGUGCCCUGAUGAGCAGCAUACUUCAAAGGAUCUCAGAGACAGAGAAGACACAAUUUUUCCCUGAUUUCUUGAGCCAGUUGAAGACCUGGAAUAGGAACCAAUUCACCUAUCUUCUGAAACAGCUUGCAAACCCUCAGCGGCAAAAACGAGCUGCAACAGCCUGCACAAGAACUCUGUUGACAACAGAAGUGGUGGUGAAGCAGAGAGACCUUCUAGCUUCCAAGUACACAUCCAGCAGUGAUCUGGAUGCUUGCCUGCCUGAUGAUGUACUGAGAAACAAUUUGGAAACUUUGGGGAAGAUGGAAUUUCAGGCCCCUCUCCUUCACGUGCUAAAGCUGAAACUGGACAAGAUCUUUGGCACGCUGCCUGAAGACUACCUUCCACUAUUAGGAAACAUAGCCAGGAUGUAUACCACAACUGAAAUUGCUAACUGGAAUAUCACUACAGCCGAGACCUUAUCAGCCCUAUUGACAGGAACAUCAUGGCAACAGGAUCUCCCAAAGGUUACGUCUCUGGUCACUCGGCAUCUAGAAGCUAAUGGCAAUCAGUUAGAUGGAACAAUGCUCACAAUGCUAGCUCCAUACAUCUGUGCUUUGGAAGAUACUCGGAUAAAAGCAAUCAGCAGUGAGGCCAUCAGAGAGACCAGCAGGCCCAUGAAUACCUCGCUGUGUUCUCAGCGCCAGAAGAAUCUCCUCUAUAGCCAGCUGAGAGCUGCUUACGAGGAGAACCAGAGCUCUCCAGACGCCUACUACCAGCUGCUGAAGGCUGCCAUUGGCGGAGCCCCAACCAAGGAUCUGAUCAAAUUUGCUUCUGGUUAUCCUGUCAUGGACGUAGCCACAUUUACAGCCCUCAACCCAGAUGAAGUCCAGAAAUUAAGCGCUCAAAAUCUGAAAGAUUUGCUAGGAGCUAAUCUCCCAGAGCUGAACAAUUUAGCUGAUGACCCUGUGGUGAAAGCUUGGACCCAGGCACGCAACCAAUCAGAGGUGAAUUCUUUAGGACUCCUUCUUGUAGCAGGACUCCAGGACAAGCCACCUAACGGUUUUAUAGAUUUUCCAUCAGCACCUCAUAUACCCGGAAGAGCAACGACAUAUGCAAAAGACCACAUGUUCCAGCUUUUCUAUUGCAUGCUUUUCCCCUUGGUGUUAACUGCUUUCUUGUAGGCUGUAUCACUAUUUGCCAAAUAUUAAAUAGUAAUAUUCUUGGGGUAGAAGGGGGAAUUACAAUGAUUGAUCUAAUUGGCAUGGUUACAUUCAAUUUAUAUAUGUUCCAAUGUUCUUAAAUGAACAAAAUAUAAAGAAGUGGAGCAUUUAA